ACGUAUCGUCUGCGACCAUGGCUGGUCAUCGUGAACUUUUAUUCUUUCUCCUUGUUGUCUCUCUGUCGUCUUGCGAUUGGGGACAGCCGUGUAGUGGAUGGUUCCAGAACAUCAGGAACGGACAUUGCUACAUGAAAUUCUGUGACGGGAAAAGCUUUGAUGCUGCUCAAAGAGUAUGCGAAAAAUAUGAAGCGCACCUGCCAUAUAUUAGAAACGAGCAAGAGGACAAAUUCGUUGCAACUUUGUCAAGAUCUGUUAGAAAGAAAAUAAAAUGGCGGGGCCGUGAAUACAUGCAAAACCACUGGAUCGGAAUCAAAUUACUAGAUGGACCAGGGGGGAAGAAAUGGAGAUUUGUGAAUGGAACAGAGGCUACUUAUUUCAAUUGGCAACCCAUUGAGCCAAACAAUUUGGGAGGAAACGAAGAAUGCGUCCAUUAUGCACCAGUUUGGGGCGACUGGUUCCGUUGGAACGACUUGAAGUGUGAACAUGAACAAAGUGAUUUCGUAACCUACAUCUGUGAAAAAGAUUCCUGUGUCGAUCUCAAGUGAGAAUAGUGAACUUUUUGUGUGUCAUUUUUGUUGAAUAAAUGUUAUGUAGAAC